GGACAAUGGGUAUUGGUUCACUAUUGUAAUUUCGCGGUCUGGUCCAUCGAGCUCUAAUCAAAUUCUCAUACCGAUUCGUAUCAUGAUUCAGGCUACACGUAAGGCUGUAGGCCUUGCUCGCAGCUUCACCUAUUGGAAUGCAUCUCGAGGAUUUUCGUUUACUCCCGUUGCUUCUGCUAGUCUGAAAGACAUAAUGGCUGACUUAAUACCUAAAGAACAAGCAAAAGUAUCCGCUUUUAGGAAACAACACGGAUCCACAAAAGUUGGUGAAGUUACUGUGGAUAUGAUGUAUGGUGGUAUGAGAGGUAUCAAGGGUUUGGUCACCGAGACGUCCGUACUGGAUGUCAAUGAAGGCAUUCGGUUUCGUGGCCUUUCAAUCCCAGAUUGUCAGAAACAGCUUCCGAAAGCUUCUGGUGGACGUGAACCACUUCCAGAGGGCAUCUUCUUUCUUCUAUUAACAGGAAAGGUACCAACUAAAGCUCAAGUAGAUGACAUUUCAAAAGAACUUGCAAAUCGAGCUGACCUCCCAUCUCAUGUUUUAAACAUGCUGGAUAAUUUUCCAUCAUCUCUUCAUCCUAUGAGCCAACUGGUAGCAGCUUGUGCCGCUCUGAAUUCGGAAUCAAAGUUUGCUCAAGCCUAUUCACAAGGUAUCAAGAAAAGUCAGUAUUGGGAGUAUGUUUACGAGGAUUCGAUGGAUUUAAUCGCCAAACUUCCAACUGUUGCUGCUAUAAUUUACCGUAAUUUGUAUCGCGAUGGUACAUCUGUUACUGCCAUCGACUCCAACACGGACUGGUCUCAUAAUUUUUGCCGUAUGCUUGGUUAUGAGGAUCCUGGCUUUACCGAAAUGAUGCGUCUUUACCUAACCUUUCACUGUGAUCAUGAGGGUGGCAAUGUGAGCGCACAUUCGUGUCAUUUGGUGGGUAGUGCACUUUCCGAUCCAUACCUUAGUUUUGCCGCGUCUAUGUGUGGCUUAGCUGGACCUUUACAUGGAUUGGCUAACCAAGAGGUAUUAAUUUUCCUGAAUAAAAUGCAAGAAAAAGUCGGUAAGAACCCAACAGACGAACAAGUGAAACAAUAUGUGUUGGACACAUUAAAUGCUGGACAGGUUAUUCCAGGUUAUGGUCAUGCAGUACUCAGAAAGACUGAUCCUAGAUUUACUUGUGCACAAGAGUUUUGUGAAAGGCAUUUUCCAAAUGAUCCUUUGUACAAAUUAGUUGGUCAAUUGUAUAAAGUUGUGCCUCCAAUUUUGACAGGCCUUGGUAAAGUUCAAAAUCCAUGGCCUAAUGUAGAUGCUCAUAGUGGUGUAUUACUGCAGCAUUAUGGCCUUACUGAAAUGCAGUACUACACAGUACUGUUUGGUGUUUCACGAGCCUUAGGUGUAUUGGCUUCAUUGAUUUGGGAUCGAGCAUUAGGUUUACCAAUUGAACGACCAAAAUCUUUAUCUACCGAUGCAUUAAUGAAGUUGAUUAAUGAUAGUGCACGUAAACAAGGUUAAUAAACAAUGUUUAUUCUUCUUAGCAAGAAGCACUUUCAGGACGUUCACAUUUCUCCACUUUCUAGUAUUGUCUGUCUACUUUCAAAUUAAACACAACUAACUAACUAAUCACCAUCAUCAUCAUCAUCAUUAAUAUCAUAAUCUUAGUUAGUCAAAACUAUUUUUUGGUUUUUUUUUCCAUUUCCCGUCUCUUGCUCUCUCUCUCUCUCUCUUAGUCUCUUACUCUUCUUAACUAACUAACUAACUAACUAUAUUGUUAUUAUUAUUAUUAUUGUUCUUUACAAUUAAAAGAAAGAGAUUUUUUUUCAGACAGUCAACCAACCAAUUUAUGUAUGUGGUUUCUUUUUGUGUCAUUUGUAGAAUUUACUCUAGAAAUAGAAAAUUAUCUUUAGUAUACAUAAAUAUAUAUAUAUAUAAAUAUAUGCUCAAGAAUGAAGUAUGUGUCUGUUUACGCAAAAAUGUCUAUCUGUCUAUCCAUCUAUCUAGAUAUAUAUCUCUGUCGAUAUGUAUUUAAUAAAAUAAUUUCUGCGACAGUAA